AUGAUCUACUUUUAUGAACCUUAUGUCUCUAAAAAGGAACUUAAGAUGCUAGUUGACCCACUUACACCAAAGGAAGAUCAACCAAUCCCGCUAAGUAGCUUGCAUAGAGAAAUGAUACAGUAAAUAAUUGAGUCGCAAGAGGACUCUCCAAAGUAGGAGAAGAACAAAUCAAAGUGCUGGCCUUUUAUAGCCAACAUCAUCACUGAUUCAUAAGAUAGUGCUCAUUUUAGAAACUUACUGAAAACCGUUAAAAAAUUCAAGAGAAAGCAGCUUAAUCCGUAAAAAUCUUUCCAGAGGCGAAUGGCUUAAACGUAAAAGCAUCAUCAAAAAGUAUUGUCCAGACUUUCAUAGUAAAGAUUCAAUUCAGGUUCCAAUAAACUCACUCCUCAAUCGUAAAACAAGAGCAUAAGUCCAAACAAAGUAAAAAAUUAAGUUACUCUUAUUAAAUCAAUGACAUUGAAAUCACCUAUAAUGUCUAUUAAGAAUGGGAAGGAAGAGGAAAAGAUAUCGAUUAAUGCCUCAUUUGAGAAAAGAAAUACUAGACAGCUAAACAUUAAAAUAGAUCCUCUUGAGGGCUUUUCAAUUGAAGUUAUGUAGAAUCAGGCCAAUAAUAACAUUCAAGUAGCUUAGCUAGAAGAUUCUGUUAAGGAAUCAGAAUAUAAAGCAUCAUCUGAUUCCUCCCUUACUUCAGAGUCUUCUAUCGAGGGAGAAAGCAAAGAGGGGUUUAGCGACUAAAAUAAUGAAGAUGGCUCUAAGAAGUAGAGUUUUAGUUUAAUUGAAAGUCUUAAUUUUCUGAAGCAAGCUUCAAAAAAGCGGUAAAGUUAUUAUACAAAAAAUACGAGCUUCAUCACUGAAGACGAGGAUAAAAAAAGAAUGAAAAGUAUUUUGUAUCAUAGUCCUAACCGAAGAGCCUCAGUUCUCGUUGGAUCUACCGCAAAGAAGAAGUUUUUUUCUGCUCUUGGAAUGCAGUCAAUGAACUUAGACUUGAAUGUGAGUAGUAGUAAUAGAAAAGAAACUCUGCUAGGUAGUACUCUUAUCUCUAAAAAUACGAUAUUACUGUAGUAAAAACUUCAGAGUAGCAUUUAAAAGAAAAUUGACAAUGAAAAAUUCAAUGAGGAAAUCACAGUUAUUGAGCCUUAAAAUAGAUUGAAAUCGCACAAAAUGUUUAAGUAUGAUAUGCUGAAUAACAAUUUGUCUCCUGGAGGGUUAUUAUUGAAUAAUAUCAAGAGGAAUUCAGUGGUUGAGGUAACUGGCACCAGGAAUUCCUUGGGCAAUCUCAUGCAGAAUCAACAAAGACCAAAUUCUUAGUACAGGAGUAGAGAAUAGCUAGAUCUAACUUAAAAGGAGGUACAAAAUGAAAUAUCAAGAAAGACUUUUCAAUUUUUACAUUCGGUCGAAAGCACAAGACAUCAAGUUCUCAAAAGUCUUCCAAGUAGCAAGGAUAUAGUAUCUUAGAAGAAUUUAUAAAGCAAGGUAAACAAGAGAAGACCAUGGACUGGCAAGAUAAGGCCAAUGAACGUUUAGAGAAACCAACUAUUCAUUAACGUAAAUCCCAAUCAAAGCUAUCUAGAUGCAGAUUCAACCUAAAUUAAUACUCCUUACACUUAGUAAAAUAACUCUUAGAAAUAUCUAAAUGGCAGUCUUCUGAAUCAUGUGUAAGAACUUAAAAAGAAGCGGAGAAAGAGAAUCAAAAUGACUUAAUCAAGAGAAGGUCUUUUUUCUUAGUAAGCAUUAGUAAAGAAUGAUCUCUUAAAGCUUUAAGAAUAGAAGAUUAACAGGAGAUUAAUAGACGAGUUGGCAUCUAAAUUGCAAUACUGGUCUCCAAAAUGA